AUGGCAUCGGAAUUACGUCUACAAUUAAUUAUCAAGGAUACAAAUAUGGGGUCGUAUACGCUACCAGCUGAUAUACGCCCAGCUUUAGCAAAUAUAAACAUAAAAACCUGGUCCUAUCAGCAAUGUGUUGCAAAUAAUUUUGUUGAAAAUUCUCGAUCAAGAAAAGACAUAGAUAUAUUUUAUAGAAGCUUCAUUAAAAGGCUGAUUGAUUAUCAGCAAACAGAGCAGCAAUCUAGAGAAGCAUUUAUUUCAAAUAAAGUCUCAAUUUGUUUAGAUAAUGAUUUGGUAACACUGACACAUUAUUUGGUAUAUUUAUGUUUAUUUUCGAUAAAAAGGACGGAAAAAGAAAACGACCUUAUGAAGAUGUUACAAGAGGUGGAAGCAAAUUACUUAUUUGAAGAAAGGAACGAAAGAAAUAUUAUUUCAACGAUUGAUGAUCAAACACUGAGCGAUGAAGUAAUGUUAAAUAUUUAUUCUACGAAGUCUUCUUAUACCAGUGAAGAAAUAAAAGGAAGCUUCGAUUUGUACAGGUCAAAAAUCUCUAAAACAAAAAGAAUAGUCACAGUUGCAAACAUUGAUGUUCUUAAAGGAAGUAUAGAUGGCGAAAUUCAAUCAUAUUCAACAAGAGAAGCGCAAAAUGAAGACGUUAACCUAUUUCAAAAAGAUAGAAUUGGUAGAAAAGUAGAUAUGAUUGGUAACCUUAAAGAGAUGUCAUUCAAGGUUGAAGUUUUAUUUGGGGAAGUUUCUGGUGGAUUGGGUCCUUUUGGUCUUCCUGCUGCGACAAGAAAGAAAAACAAUCUCGAUGAUGAUCAGAGAAAAUCUGUGGUGUUAUAUGGUUGGACUCAACAUGGACUUGAAAUAAAUGUUUAUGCGUUAAAAUGGGAAGGCAAUGGUACCUAUCUAUUUGGGUUGGUCGAUAAAGGUACUCUACCAUCUUGUGAGAAUGAAUGUGGAAUUUUUGAAGAUUUAUAUUGUAUCUUUAAAGAAUUAGAA